AUGGCAAACCUUUACGACAUUAUCCAUGGUGCCGCCGGUCUUUGUCAGCAGUACCGUUCCGCGCAUUCACUUCAACAAAUUCCAAAAGAUCCAUUAGUAGUCUGUGACACCUACAUUGCCUCGAUAAUUUUUUGUUCUCUGAUAGUGCUUACAUUCAUGAUCACAACUUGGAUAGCUUGGAAAGUACAAUCUGAAAAAUCUGAAAAGAAAACCAAAGUUCAACACGUGAAAAAAGUAAAAAUAAUCAAAUAUUUACAAAAUUCAGAACCUAAAGAAGCAGCUAGAUUUAUACGCGUUGAACGACAUGGUAGUGUUAAUGGAAAAGUCGUUCUUGACAUGAAUUGUGACUUGGGAAUAAUUAAAGAGGAGGUGAAUAGUGAUGAUUGUAAAAAGAAUGAGUCAAUAUGUUAA